AUGACAAACCGCAAGGUCAAAGGCCCAUCGCACUUUUGCGAAUGGGUAGUUGGAACAACAAUUGAAUCUGCCCUCGGCCCUAUCCCCAAGAACAAGCCCCCUAAGAAACGAGAUGUUGUACGCGUCGAAGUCACCACCGACGAUGAGUCUGAGGAGGACACCGUCAAGAUCACCUACCCACGCACCGGACGCACCAACACACCACCUCCAACUAUCUCUGAAGCCAAGACCACGAUCAAGAAGGUUCGUUUUGAAGACGGCCCCAUAAAGUCUGCUCUGAAACAAACCGUCAUUACGACCCCUAUCGAUUCAUCUGAUGAAACAUCCGACUCCGGUUCAGAGCUGGAAACAGAAUCAAGUCAGUCGGAAACCACAUUAAGCUCUGAUGCUACAGAUUCUGACGCAGAGAGCUCAGAGGAUUCUUUUAAGUCUAAACCGAAGAAAAAGAAGAAGCGUAAGCAGAAACAGAUCGAGGCCGAUACUGAGAGCGACUGGGACUCGGAUCCGGACCCAACUUGUAAGUGCCGACGAUGUACCAAGGGUCGAGAGAUAUUGAAGAGGAUAGGCAAGAAAAAGAGCAAGGAAGAUACCACCUCCAGCCCCGAAACCUCUGAGUCCGAAGAAGAAAAUCCCCCCAAGCACAAACACCAGUCUGGUAAGAAUAAGAAGAAAGGUGCAAAGAAGGAAAAGGAGCCGGAGACGGAGUCGGAAACUUCUGAUUCUGUCCAAGAUACCUCCGAGUCAGAGCAAGAAACAGCACCGCCCAAAAAGAAGCAGCGAUCGAACAAGCAACAACAACCCAAGAAGCAAGGCAAGCAGAAGGGUAAAAAGAAACAGCAAAUUGCCCCUGAGUCAGAGACAUCAGAAUCGGAGCCCGAACCUCCUAAGAGCAAGAAGCAACAGAAAAGAGAGGCCAAAAAGGCAGCUAAGAAAGAAGAGGAGCCAGAACCCGAAGAGGAUGCAGGUGAAACUUCGGAAUCAGCUAAGGAAACAGAAGAUGAGGCCGAUCCAGAAGAGAGUCCCAAGCAGCAGAGCAAAGGCAAGCAAAAGAACAAUAACAACAACAAGCAGAAGCAGACUGGCAAACAAGCAGGCAAAGCAAACCAACAAUCAAACAAAAAGAAGCAAAAGGCUGGCAAGGAAUCGAAUAAAGAACCAGAGGCUGCUGAGGAGGUAGCAGCUGAAGAAGAGGUCCCUGCAACGUCCAAAGAACACGAUCAAGGCAAGUUGAAGAACGUGAAAGGAAAAGGAAAGGCACAAUCUAGAUACAGGGACGGAGUCAAGAAGGGCAAUUAUCCCGAAGGACUACCGGUUCCCCAUAUGCGUCGCCCACAACUUAUUGAGCCUAUUCGGGCUCAAGUAGUUCAGACGGAACGCGUGAUAGAAACACCUGAAGACCCAGCACCUAAUGCUUACUACGAUGCAGAACACAACGUCAUGAGAGUCUAUCACGGUCCUGUUUAUGGUAAUCACCAGAACAACGCACUCUACCCAGAUCGCAGCGCUUUCAAUCGCCCCUUGCCUAUGGGACAGCCUCACCCUUUGCAGAAUCCCUUUUAUCAUGGGUUCAAUAACCCACAGCAGUACCCCAACUACCCGCAGAUGUCACCAUACCACCAAAACUUUGCGGGUGUGCCACCACCAGAGGCCUAUUCCCAUGUCCCUAUCACUCAAGGAAUGACUCCCCCCUGGUAUGCCACUGGUGGUCCCCCAGGUUUCUAUCCAUCCAACAGCCAUCAUGAGAAACCACACUAUGGCAAAACUGGAAACUCCAGUCAGGACAAGGACAGAGGCAGCCACAACAACGUUGGACCCCCAGCAAGUCUUACUGGUCAAAACAAUCCUUAUCUCCCAAAGAAAAACAGAUCUCAGUUUAGCGCAUGGGGAGGCAGUCACCGGUCUGUGUCCAAGGAAAAGUCUCAACCUCCUGGUUCUGUCAAGGCUGCAUCGGCCGACUGGAACGACAACAGUAACAACAACAACGAUACGGGAAAUGGCUGGAACGAUGGUGCAGGCGACAACAAUACCCAGAAAGAUCAGAGUGGUUGGGAUACAGGGGGUCAAGACAACAACCAGAAUGGUAACGAUUGGGGUGUGAAUGACAACCAAGCAAGUGCUGAUUGGAACAACCCAGCUCCUGAGGCGAAACAGGAUGAUACCUGGGCACCUGCAGCACCACGAGAUAGUGCACAGCAAGACCAGAAUGCAGGCUGGGGCUCCGGCUCGAACAAGAGCAACGAGACUGUUCGCAAAGCAGGCGAUCAUUGGGGCGAAGACACAUACCCAGGCGCUAGUGGUAGUUGGGAUGAGCAGCCAAAGGAUGCCGUGAGCAGUUUGGGACAAGGUGCUGACAACAAUGUUGGUGUUUGGGACACUGGUAAAGCCAACAGAACCGAACAACCUGCCUCUUCGCAAGGAGAGAACGGCCCUGACAAUGUCAUGCCUGGUACAUGGGUUGAAACUCCAGCAGUGACUGCAGGCCCAAGCUGGGGAGAUUCCUCUGCAGCACAAGAAACGAACGGGCGGGCUGAUCAUUGGUAA